GCCCAUGUUUUGUUGUUUGGCUAAAGAUGGCGUUAGCGGCUAACACAGGCGAUUGCAUUUUGUUUCACAAAUUUUAUUCUGCCAGUGGUAUCAAAACAUUGAUGAAAUAGAGUUUUAUUUCGUCAGUAGAUGUACAAAGAUGUGUUAUACUGAGCAAAUACACGUCCAUUAUGUAGAAUAACGCGUGUUCGGCCUUCUCACGAUGUAGGCCUGUUUUUUUAGGGAGUGGACCGAAGUUGUGAACUUCAUUUCCCAUCAGUAAGUGCGGCGUCAGGUGGUACAACUUUAAUUUUUCGUGCCGGGGACAUGGCUGCAUCACCUGUGAAAGAUGACUGGAAGCACUCGAGAGUACCCCCCGUAGAGGGGCAACCAUUAUUACCGGAGUCAUCUUUGACCUGGUGCUUGGCUCACCUCCACAAACCUGGAUCAGGUACUGAAAACCAUGUAGAUUCUGGUGGUCUCAGAGAAAUGGACAAGAGAUCUAGAGUCUAUCAGUGGCGAGCCCUAGUUGCUAUACGGACGCAGCACAUCAAGAGUGGCAAGGCCGGCAUUGCCAGAUUCAGAGGUCAGGGUGGUCUCCGACCCCUGUUGAAUCUGCUCAAACACCCAGAGUGCUCGAGGAAAACUCUGGACCUGGCUCUUAGCAUCUUGGCCAACUGCUGCACUGAGCUGGAGACACGCUUGGAGGUUCGUAAACUGGGUGGAAUCAAUAUUUUGGUGGACAUCAUGAAGAAAAAUGUAGCCAUGGAGACGGUCCAGAACCGAGCAGCCCGGGCUUUGGGAAAUUUGGCCAUGGAUCCAGAAAGCUCAGCACUCAUCCACUCUGCUGGUGGUGUUCCUCUUCUUCUCCUGAGCGUGUCCCUGUCCUCUGCCUCAUCCUCUCCCACAGCUGCUCCACCCACAGAUCCCAGUCCCAAACUGGAGUGUGCUCAGUCAGCUGCUCGGGCUCUUCUCUACCUCUCAGAUUCCCCCUCAAACCGCCUUUCACUGCUCACUCAAGGGACAUUAUCUGCUCUUGCUCCUCUCAUUGCUCCAGAAUAUCCCCAGAUUUUGAGGAGGGCGGCAUUAAAGACCCUCCAUGAGCUGACCCGGGGCUGUGGUGUUGAAUGUGCCAGGGAAGUGUCCCGUUCUGGGGUCCUGGCUCAGCUUGGUGUCAUGGCAUCAGGGGACUCGGGUACACCCUUUGAAGAGCUUGCACUCAAAACACUGGCUAACAUGUGCUCCCAAGGUUGCCUGCGACCUCUUGUGGGAUCCCUGGGGGUCAUUCAGAAAUUUGUUGAGGAGGUUAAAAAGGAUCCACUGAAGUCAGGAGUCUUCCUUAAGGCUCUCUGCUUGUGCUGCAAAGAAGCAGUGAAUCGGGCCAAGGUCAAAGACAGUGGUGGGUUGGAGGUGCUAACAGGCUUCUUAUCUGCUCAUCAGAGUCACCCACUGUCCAGGCUAGCUAUUCUGGCCUGUGUUGACUUUGUUUUUGAUGAAUCUGCCAUGGAGCAGUUGCAAGAGUUUGGGCUGGUCCCUCUUCUUGUUGCACAGUUAGUGAAGCUCACCAGAGAGGAGGAGCAGAUAGUUGAAAAAAUGGAUGUGAGCUUCACCACCAGCAUGUCUUCCACGGAGCUCUUUCUCUCCUCAGGUUUAGAUUCUUUUGACUUUCCCCCUCCAGAGGGAUACAAGAAGGAGGAGACUGGUAGAGAACAAGGUCUAUGUUCAUCAAGCUUUCUAAGUCUCAGGUCCUGGUUGCUGUCUGAAGGAUUGAUAUCUUCUGAAGGAGACCUGCUGGAUGCUUCCAGUGUUGAUGGGGAAUGGGGGAGUCCUCAGGUCCCAUCAUCAUCAUCAUCUCCUCAAACAUCAUCCCCGAACCCAUAUUCCAUUUCCUCUCUCAAGAACUCAUCCAACUCUGCUGUCUCUGUAACACCUAAAAAGGCAGCUCUGCAUUCCCCUGUUUCCUCUUCAUCUUCAUCAUCCUCCAGUUCAAUCACGCCUCAGACCCUUUCCUCGCCUAAUAAAACUACCCAAACACCUCUCUCUCCAUCAAAGUUCUCAUCCUCACAGAAAAGGAGAAGGGCUCCCUCAAUGACUUCCCUAACUAAAGUCACUCUUGACACCCCUCCUUCCAUACCUCGGUCAACGACUUACCAUCACCCAUAUCACCCAGAGCCCUGGACGCCUGAGUCUCCCAUCCUGCUACUGCUGUCACGGUUCUCCCACGCCAGCGACCCAAGUGCCGCUCUGGUCAGCUCAGGCGUCAUGUCCGGCCUGCUGUACUACCUCACUCAGCACCAGGACCCCAGCAGCAGGUGUUUCCGUAUGCUUUGCAGGCUGAGCUGCAACCCAAAUUGUUUGCAGGCACUGGUUCGAACCGGCUCUGUAGCACUGAUUCGCCACCAUCUCUGCCAAAGAGGAGGGGGAUUAGAGGGAGGUGAAAAGCGGACCGACAGAGUUAAAGACAAAGUUAAACAGCUGGGUACUGCUCUUCUGAAUAAUCUGCGUGUGCAGUGCGAGUCUGGGUUUGGCUCGGGUGUUCUUGCACAUGUGAUGCUAUCAGGCUCAGAGUCGGACAAGAUGAACUGUGCACUUUCUCUGCCCUUUAUCUGCAGCAACAAAUCCCUGUUGAGGAAGCUUCUUCUGGAUAGUGGCGGGCUGCUUGUGGCUUUGCAGCGCCUUGGCUGUGACACUGAUGACGAGGUGGAUGAAGACCGUACAGAGUGUGAACAGUUGCUCUCUGACCUGUUUAAUUCACCACAUUCAGGUCUGACUUCUCAGCUCCGUUCUCUGUACUUCUCUCUCUUGAUUGGAUGCCUGUCUGCUCUGACAGUUACGAUUAAAACUGACUUUGCCAAAAGAAAAACAAAUCCAUUCACAACACCUUCAGCCCGUAAUAUUGACAAAGAUUCACCCCCUCCCUUGAAAAAGCCACGCCUAGCUGACAUAUGUCCUUAUGGUAACUCAAACUUUGACCUGGUCUUGCUGCUGGAUGAUGGAACCCAAGUCCCAGCCAAUAGGGAGGCUGUGGCUGGGGCAGAGGGCACAGAUAGCGUUGGCUCCGAAUACUUUAGGGCUCUGUUAAGGGGUGGGUUUGGUGAAUCUCAGAGCAAUGCAGAAGAAGCCAUUCAUAUCAAAGAUGUUAGCGCAGGAAUGUUACUGCCGGUGCUGCAUUACCUGCAUGGGUGUCGCAUCAGCAAAGACACUGAAACAGCAAAGGACAAGGAAGGAGGGAGGAGAGAGCAGUGUCAGAUUUUGGACACAAUGGCCUUUGAUGUGUUGGAUGUUUGCCAAAAUGAAGCAGAGGAGCUCUCAGACGAGUUGGGUUUCCAGAAAACACCUUUAGGUGAGAUGAUGAUUGGAGCCUGCAGGUUUUUGGUAAAUGAACUACAGACAGAGUUGGAGGAUCUCUGUGUGUCACGUCUUUUGUCCUGCUACUCCAAGGCUUCUAGUGAAGGUGUGUCAGCUCCAACAGAGGACAACGCUGAAAAGACUGUACCUAAAAUGGACCAAGAUUUCCCCAAGUCUGCUAAGGAGAGCCUGGCUUGUCAGACAUCUGAGUUGGAGCUGACUGGACUGACAAAGAAACUGAACAGUUCACUACAAGAAAUGGAGACGAAGAUAACUUCCGUUGUUGAAACGAUACAAAAAAUCACAGGACUGAAUGCAGCUUUAGACAAAAACACAAUCAAAAGAGUCACUUCUGUCUCUAAAUCAGUGUGUGCUUCAACAGACAAAUCACUCGAGCCAGAAAAGUUGUCAUUAGGACCAAAGGACUUGCUGCAAAGUGUGAAACCAGCAGCUCAGGGUUCUGGUUCUUCAGUAACUGUUGUUGCAGUUGAAGCCCUGGCUGCUUUACUGCCCCAGUUGUACUGGUUUUCUCAACGGUAUAGCUAUCCAACACUGGGUAGGGCCUGCCUGACCUUGCUGCUGGGCUGUCAGAACUGUCCUCAGCCAUUUUUUUCCUCUUCCGUUGCUGGGGAUUGCCUUCGCAGACUUGCCAGAGAGGUGGACUGUAUAGAAACUCUCAAACGGGACCUGAUAUGGCUCACCUCAGCAGCUCUGAAAUGAGCAAAGGGGGCACACAUUGACUGGAAGGACUGGAUUAAUUUCAAAGGCCAGUACAAGUUAGAGCCAAGUUAUUGAACUUCUAGAGUUGCCAUUGUUUUGUUUUUCCUAAUACAGCUUGAUUUCCUGGAAAACAGAUGAAUUUCUUCAGGGCUAAAGCAAGGAAUUUUCUUUUUUUUUUUUUUAUUCCCAGAAUCUUGACACUUUUGAGUUUUGAUGUAAUUAAAGCCUAUCCCUUCAUGACACAUUUAUGUUAUAUUUUUGUCUCAUUUGAUUAUUUUCCAAUGGCAUUUAUACUGUCAUUUUAAUUUAAAUUUUUUAUUUGGAAAACAUUUGAGCGGAUGAGAACAGUACAUUUGAUAAAUGUCAUGUAGCUGGAUUUAUGGUGGGUUUGUUUAUUUUGUACAUAGAAAUGAUAUGGAAUAGAUAUACAGGAUAUAAGUUUCAGCUGUCUGUUCUAAAUUUAUUUCACUAAACAUAAUGUUGGAACAUCAA